GCCCAGCCCAGCCCAGCCCAGCCAUGUCCCAGCAGGCCCUCCACACCCCUUGGCCGGCUGGGCAGCCCUGCUCUCCAGCCUGAGCUCUGAGACAAGGUCCAGGUGCCGACUGAGAGGAGCCCGUGGGGACGCCCGUCAGCAGGUGGCCGCGCAGUCAUGGUGUGGAACGUGGACGACCUGGACUUCCACCUGCCCUCGCACGCCCAGGACAUGCUGGACGGCCUGCGGCGGCUGCGCUCCCAGCCCAAGCUGGCGGACGUCACGCUGCUGGUGGGCGGCCGGGAGCUGCCCUGCCACCGGGGGCUCCUGGCACUGAGCAGCCCCUACUUCCACGCCAUGUUCGCGGGCGACUUCGCCGAGAGCUUCUCGGCGCGCGUGGAGCUGAGGGACCUGGAGCCAGCCGUGGUGGCGCAGCUGGUGGACUUCGUGUACACGGGCCGGCUGACCAUCACCCAGGGCAACGUGGAGGCGCUGACCCGCACGGCCGCGCGCCUCCACUUCCCCGCCGUGCAGAAGGUCUGCGGCCGCUACCUGCAGCAGCAGCUUGACGCCACCAACUGCCUCGGCAUCUGUGAGUUUGGGGAGCAGCAGGGGUUGCUGGGAGUGGCUGCCAAGGCCUGGGCCUUCCUGCGGGAGAACUUCGAGGCCGUGGCACAGGAGGAUGAGUUUCUGCAGCUGUCCCAGGAGCGGCUGGCCACUUGUCUGGCCGGCGACCUGCUGCAGGUGCAGCCGGAGCAGAGCCGGCUGGAGGCCCUGCUGCGCUGGGUGCGCCACGACCCCCAGGCCCGGGCCACCCACCUGCCCGAGCUGCUCGGCCUGGUGCACCUGGACGCCGUGCCCCGGCCCCGCGUGCAGCAGCUGCUGGCCACGGAGCCGCUGAUCCGGGAGUCGGAGGCCUGUCGGGAGGCCCUGUCCCAGGGCCACGAGGGGGCGCUGCUCGGGCUCCCGCAGGAGCUGGAGGAAGUUCUGGUGGUGGUCGGCGGGCGGGCGCUGGAGGACGAGGAGGAGGAGGGGGGCGCCCAGGAGCUGGCCCCCCGCCCCGGGAACUUCGCCUUCUACGACACCAGGGCCAAGAGGUGGAUGGCGCUCCCAGACUUCCCUGACUACCACAAGUGGGGCUUCUCUCUGGCGGCGCUGAACAACGAUGUCUACGUGACAGGGGGCUCUCGGGGCACCAAGACGGACACCUGGUCCACGACGCAGGCCUGGUGCUUCCCGCUGAGGGAGGCAGCCUGGAGGCCUGUGGCGCCCAUGCUGAAGGCCCGCACGAACCACGCCAGCGCGGCGCUCAACGGGGAGAUCUACGCCAUUGGCGGCACCACUCUGGACGUUGUAGAGGUGGAGAGCUACGACCCCUACACAGACACCUGGACGCCCAUCAGCCCAGCCCUCAAGUACGUCAGCAACUUCUCGGCGGCCGGCUGCCAGGGCCGGCUCUACCUGGUGGGCUCCAGCGCCUGCAAGUACAACGCCCUGGCUCUGCAGUGCUACAAUCCCGUCACAGGUGCAGUCCCUGCACAGCCUGCACGAGAACGGGGCGCUGGUGCCGCUGGGGGACACGCUGUACAUGACGGGCGGCCGCUGGCAGGGCAUGGGCGGCGACUACCACGUGGAGAUGGAGGCCUACGACCCCGGCCGCGACGCCUGGACCCGCCAUGGCGCCCUGCCCCGCCUCUGGCUCUACCACGGGGCCUCUGCCGUCUUCCUGGACGUCUCCAAGUGGACCCAGCCCUUCGGGCCCACCCAGGAGCCCUGAGCUGCCCCUCGGCACACCUGGAGCAGGCCCGGCUGAGCCCCCGCCCCAGAGGACGGCCCCCUUUCACUGUGGUUUGUGAACCAAAGUGUCGCCGUCCCCUCCAGGGCUUGGGCUGGGUUCAGGCCACCAGGGGACGUCAGAGGACACAGCCUUGGUCUCCGCAGCCACCACGCCAAACUCUGAGCUGACCAGCGGGAAGGGCUGGGCUUCUGGAAGCCUGUAUGGGUGGGAGAAGCAGCUCUCCUGCCCGGGGGGUGUCUGAGACCUCAGAGGAAGGAGCCCAGGGCCGGGGGAGCCUUGAGAGAAUUCCCGUGCUCUCUGAAUACUGGCCGCUCCUGGCUGUGUGUCCCACCGGUGGCUUUUGGAGGACCUGCACGGGUGAGGGUGACACGGAGGCCCAGGAAGCGGAGGCUGUUGCAGAGGGUGGACAGCACAGAGCAAAGGGCCUGAGGUGGGGUCAGCGCCCAGCCCUGGGGGGCCUGCUUCUGCCUGUCCCACAGCUGUGUGACCACGGCCAGCAGCCGACCCUCUCUGGGCCUCAGGCACAUGGGGCUGCCUCGGGUGGGCUGUCUGCUCUCCCUGCCCCAAGCCUUACGUUGGCACCCUGUUUCCAAAGACUGCCUCUGGGGACAAAGGAGACCCAGCUUUUUCUGUGUCAGCCCCAGGAGGGCAGCACUCACAGAGGCUGGAGGGAAGGGGGUGGGGCAUGGGGGGAGGGAGAGAGGGUCCUUCCACCUGCCUGGGGGCUGGGGGGAGAGAGGGCAGCAGGGCUUCCCAGGGAGGUGAGCAGGACGAGCCAGGAUUCCCCCUGUCUCUCGGGGUGGUUUGCUUCAAAACAAAGGCUCUUCAUCAGAAUGAAGGUCCCCAGACGGGGGCCCACAGGGGCGGGGGUCCUGCAGGGACUUCGGGGGGGUGGCCCUUGGGCACUUUGGUGGCUUGCCCCCAGGCGGCCUCCUGAGCGAGGAAGACCAGCAUUUGGAGUGACUCAGGUGGCUCGCGCCUGCCCAGAGCCCCCCGACUUGGACUGGGUCCCCUCGUGGGGCUGGCUCGGCCUCCCUGCUCCUUCUCACUCAUCCUGAACAAGGCAUCAAGUUUGUAGCCAAGGGGAUGAUGAAGGAAUCUCACUGGGUGCUCAGUGGGCCUCCCCCUUUGACACAGGCUCCGUCAGGGGACACAGGACUACAGAUGGGGAGUUCUGGGUCCGGCCUGGCACCGACCAGCUGAGGCCUCGGGUACCUCCCGUCCCCCUCCGGACCCGGGUUUCCUGUCCAGGACCAGCCCACAGGCUCCUCUGUGAAGGGAUCAGGGACCAGAGGGGCCUCUGACAUCUCUGGUUCUGAGGAAGGAAUCCCUGGUCCCUCCAGCUUCUAUGGAUCCAGAUCCACUUUGCUCCCAGACCUGAGCCCUCACACCCAUGUCUUAUGGGAGAAUUGAGUUGGCCCCAGGGCCCAGACAGAGUGGGACCUGCUGAGUGUCUGCUCUCUGCACCUGAGGACACGUGGUGGGCUGGUGGCCUGGGUGAAAAUGAGGAUGAAGGUUUCUGGGAUCCUUGAAUCUCUCCGUAAGAAAAUCUUCUGAAUUUUCAAUCCAAACAGUGAUUGAAAGUGCUGCUUCAAAACAAA